CCGGCGUAUAUUAACUUUUUUAGGCCAAUCUCCAAUGUUCGAGCUCGGAGACGAUGAAAUCGAAGUUGGUCAGGGAAUUCAUGGAGAGGCUGGAUAUGAAAAAAUGAAAUUGAAACCAUGCAGUGAAAUAGUUGCAUUCAUGCUCAAACGCUUACGCGAGGCAUUAUCUUUGAAGAGUGGAGACUCAGUUGCAGUUAUCAUUAAUAACUUCGGAGCGUUAAGUCAACUGGAACAAGGAAUUGUAGUUUAUGAUGUUGUGAAACAUCUUCUUGAUAUAUCGACAGACGGUAUACAAGUUAAGACAGAGUACGAGAUACACAUGAGUACGGUGACUGAUCAGAGAACAAAUAGAGAACUAAAAAACUCCUGUUCUGUGAUGGCGGUAUUUAUACUGAACCGGGGAUGGUCGCUGAUCUCCCCACCAUCGGUUAUUUACGAGUGGAAAUCCCGGGAAAAGUAGAAAAACCCACGUCCCCAAUUUUUAUUGACUGGAACAAUAGCCCUAAGGAAUGUGCACUCGACACUAAUCUUUCCAACGGUUCCUGUCCCGUGGUUCGCUACACAAAGACCCUAUCCUUCGGACAAGAUGAUUGCCAGAAGUCGGCACAUCCUCACGGAAUAUUUUCAGCUCGCCCAAGGACCCGCUACAAAACUUACGAUUUCUUUAGCUAAGAUUCUCCAAAGGAACAAAUAGUCUUUGUCCUUCACAUACCACGGAAAAUACGGAAAGUCUGUUUUCCGCACGUACGAUGCUUUCCGCUAGCAACUUUCCACUAUCCACCUCAAACUGGUGAUCCCGACGUGAUCGACGUCGAAAAGAGUUGUGAUCGUGAUAGCGCUACCCGAGACUUCGAUCAUCGCGAAUCUAAGACUGUGGCAAUCUAGAUCUACCGCUACGACGCACACGGAUCGGCUCUUCCUUCAACAAAACUCGACGCUUCACCGCCGACCCACGCAAGCAGGUGACAGGAUACGAGACGAUGACCAAGCCAGGAGUGAUGUAGUCAUUGCAAAGUUCACGGGCAUCACCACCACCACGU